AUGAAGAGUGGAAGGCCAGAUACAGGGUUUCUUUACUGGAGGUGGAACCCACGACAUUGCGACCUGCCCCAACUCAAUCCAGAAAGAUUUCUUGACAAGAUGAGGAAUAGAACAUGGGCGUUGAUUGGCGAUUCAAUAUCUCGAAACCAUGUCCAGUCAUUGCUUUGUGUUCUCUCAAAAGCUGAAACUGCCAUUUUUGAAGACAACGAGGGUGUUUCAACGCAUGAAGCUGAGCUGCAAAUUGACAAACUAGAUACGAAAUGGACUGAACAAUAUCAGGGAUUGGAUUACAUUGUGUUCUCUAUCAAUCACUGGUUUUUAAAGUUUGGUUUUGUUUUUGCUUAUCGCAAAGUCCUUAGGGAUGUUUUCAACUUCAUUGUGACCUCCAAUCACAAGGGGAUGAUCUUUUAUAGGACCUCAACGCCACAUCACUUUGAGAAUGGGGGUUGGCUUGACGGUGGGAAUUGUCCAUAUCAACGCUUCCAUCCAUUUGCAGAGGAUAAGAACGCAAAAAUUGUUAAUGAUUGCUUGCAUUGGUGUUUGCUUGGUCCGAUAGACUCCUGGAACGAUUUGCUCAUGGAAAUGGUGGUGAAUGGUAAGGAUGAUUAG